AUGCUUUUCGAACAAGUCAGAACCGUUGAAAUUGCUGAGAGGAAUAUUGUGGGUUUGUUGGAGAAGCCAGUUUUCCCGAAUUCUAAUACUAGAAAGCUUACUUGUGGCAUCUGUUUUGGAACGUAUCCUUGUGCACAAGUUGAAUCUGUUGCUUGUGAUCACCCUUACUGCUAUUCAUGUUGGGCAGGACAUAUUGGCACAUCAACUAAUGAUAGUCUGGGAUGUUUGGUGUUGAGAUGUCCUAAUCCCACUUGUGGUGCUGCUAAUGGUCAAGAUAUGAUUAACCUUUUAGCAUCUGAUGAAGAUAAAGAGAAGUAUGACUAUUACCUUCUCAAAUCUUAUAUUGAAGACAACAAGAAGGAUUUGAGUGAAUCUGAGAAUAACAGUGUAAAAUGGCUUUUGGGUCAUGCAGCUAAAGGGAGAGUGUUGAAGCUGGCAAGUAAUGUGGACCUUACUGAUGAAUCUCAAUCCACCUUGGUUGAUCCUUUGAAGUAA